AUGUCAUCUUCUGGGGCUUACAUUGGGGUGUCUUUGCGUAUGGAUGGUGCGUUCCUUUCCGAACAGCAUGAGUGUACGGCAGCGGUUAGCUGA